AUAGUCUAGAACGUACCUACCUACCUACCUACCUAUUAUGCCUAAUAGUACCUUACAUACCUAGGUACAAGUAACUCCUUCCUACGAUACAGUUAUGUUAGGUUUCACCUCUGUUUCUUCUCGUCUCGUAUAUAGCAGAGUGACUUGAGGAGAGAGCAUGUUACAACUAAUAAUAGUUGCAUAUAUUUAUGAGCUCUUAUUUAUACUCUACACUGUCACUGGCACUUUAUCGUCUAUCUUCAGGCAGUUCCAACUCCCCUCGCCCAGUUGGGAUCCGACGAAAAAGAGCUGGUUGAAACCAAAUUACUAGAAUAUGAACCCCUGUGCGCACUGCCCCCGGACCGGGGCACCCUAUACAUACUCCGGCCCAUCGAGUCUCCCAGCCUUAAGCGUCAUCAAUCGUUGCCGCGCUGAGUGCUACAAUACGAUCGGCUGGGUACCCCCGGGAAGCAAGAUCGCCUCGCUACGGCAUUUGAAAUCCAUACAAAGCCGCCUCAACGUGUGUCUGUAUUUGGCUCUGCCCUUUAUGGUGGCAUAUGAAAAUCGCUUCUUGGGCUUCAAGUACAAAGAAGCGGUAUGGGGCGAUGGUGGGAACGGGGAGUACUGGCGGAGCUAUGCGUAUUUUCUGGCAGAUUGCCUUGUACGUUAUUCAUCCGACUACCUUACAUGCCGCAACAUAACCGGUACCACCAGGAUAUCAAUAAGGAACUAGAGUCGACCCGAGGCAGGAAAAGAAAAGAGUUAAUAGGUCACAGCAUGACUUCCAAAGGCAUAUACAUGCGACCGGAAAGCGCAGUAACUCUCGAACGUACGCUGAUGUGGGCUUUCGAGAUCGUUGGUAUUGAAUUAGGGAGGAGGUUGCUCCUGGAUUAUAACAUAGAAGCGGGCUACACAUGAUUGCCUACCUAGAAUAAAUACUCUCACUAUGUGCCUGCCUGGUCCUUUGCGGGAGUCUUCAUCUAUUCGCUAUAUGGGAGUAGGCGGUAUCACCGAUGGGCUUUGGGGUGCGUAUUGGCUAGAGCUACGUUAGGAAGUACUUAUCUGGUUAGUUGGGAAUAUUCUUCACGAAAUCGGGGGAAGAAAGGGUAAUGAUACAUAGGUUACGCCAUCGGCUUCAAUUUGCUUUUGUUCUUUUCGGAAUGAAACGUCCUCUAUUAGCACGCGCCUUGCGCAUUUGCCUAUACUACCUACAUAGCUAGGCGCCCGUCUGUCUUGUAGUAACUCGUGAUGCCAUUCGCCCAUAGGGCUGGGCCGGGCUUUGCUUUGCUUUGCUUUGCUU